CAACUUCGGCCGACAGCUCACAGCUUACAGCACAUUCAGUAUCCAGCAUUGCAAGUCUUCUGAACAUGCCCGAAUUCGACGUCGCUGCAAUCCGCAGCCGCUUUCCUGGCCUGUCGAAGAACCAAGUGUAUUUCGACAAUGCGGGUGGCAGUCAAGUUCUGAAAGAGGUCAUUGACUCCAUUGUCCACUAUCUGAGCAACAACAAUGUGCAACUGGGUGCCAGCUAUCCGGUCAGCAAAACAUCAAGUCACCUGUUCGAAGCAGGCCAAAAGGCCGUUGCAAGGUACAUCAAUACGACACCCGACUGCGUCGUAAUCGGGCCUUCCACGACGCAGCUGUUCCGUAACCUUUCCCAAGCAUUGUACGACUACAUCACUCCCGAGGACGAAAUCAUCGUCUCCCUCCUCGACCACGAAGCCAACAUCGCCUCCUGGGUCCAACUCGCCCUCGACCGAAAAUGCGGCUUGGUCUGGUGGUCCGCCUCGGACAAACUCAACCCUCAGCUCGACCCGGACACCCUGCGGAGUCUGAUGAGUCCCAAAACUAAACUCGUCACCUGCACUCACACCUCCAACAUCCUCGGCACCAUCAACGACAUCAAAACUCUCGCCUCUGUCGUCCACUCCGUGCCCGGCGCCCUCUUCUGCGUCGACGCCGUCGCUUACGCGCCCCACCGCGCCAUCGACGUGUCUGACUGGGGCGUGGAUUUCUAUAGUUUCUCGUGGUAUAAACUCUACGGACCACACAUUGCUUCUUUAUAUGCAUCGAAGUCCGCGCAAACGCAUCUGCGCAGUUUGGGACAUUUUUUCAAAUCUCGAGAUACGCUCGAAGAACUCUUGGGUCUGGCGGCGGGGAAUUAUGAACUCACGGCUGCGAUUCCUGCCGUCGUGAAGUAUCUCGAGGAAGAUGUGGAUUGGGAGACUUCGAGUGUGUAUGAAGAGAAAUUGCAGGAGAUUUUAAUUCGUUAUUUACUUUCGAAAUCGGAUAUGUUUACGCUCUGGGGAGAGCAGACGGCGAGCAGGGAGAAGAGGGUUCCAGUGAUUAGUUUUACGGUGCGAGGACGGAAGAGUAAGGAUGUGGUGGAUGCGAUUGAAGCGAGGAGUAACUUUGGAUGUCGAUUUGGGGCCAUGUAUUCGAAUCGAUUGUGUACGGAGGUGUUGGGAAUUGAUCCUGUGGAUGGCGUGGUGAGGGUGAGUUUGUUGCAUUAUAAUACGGUGGAGGAGGUGGAAGGGUAUGUGAAGGUGUUGAAUGAAGUGGUUUUUGGAUGAUACCAAAUAGAGAAUAUAUUGAUGAGU